CAGACCCGGCUGCUCGCUCCUGCUCUAGGUACCAGGCUGGCUGGAGGACAGGCGCAACGAGCUAACGCGUGCAUCAUUGCCUGGAGCUUCAACAAGCUGCACCCUAAAGUUACAGUCUUCCCUGCAAUCGCCGCCAAACAGACCAUCCCGCCGCAUCGCACACCUCUCUCUCUGUUGUCGCUUUGAAAAUCCGACAUCACCACCGCAAUCGAUUCGUUAGACCAAGAUAACUGAUUUUCGAUUGCCGAUUGCUCGCCCGCCAUGUCUCGCAGAUACGAUUCCCGCACAACAAUCUUCUCUCCCGAGGGCCGUCUCUAUCAAGUGGAAUAUGCUCUCGAGGCCAUCUCUCACGCCGGAACUGCGAUCGGCAUUCUUGCCAAGGACGGCAUCGUCCUGGCCGCCGAGCGAAAGGUGACAUCUAAGCUCUUGGAGCAAGACACCUCCGCCGAGAAGCUUUACAUCGUCAACGACAACAUGCUUGCUGCUGUCGCAGGUAUGACGGCCGACGCCAACAUCCUCAUUAACUACGCACGCCAGGCUGCUCAAAGAUAUCUCCUCACCUAUAACGAAGACAUACCAUGCGAGCAACUCGUCCGGCGACUGUGCGAUCUGAAGCAGGGCUACACACAACACGGAGGUCUCAGACCCUUUGGUGUCUCCUUCAUCUACGCUGGCUGGGAUCCCCGCAGGCAGUUCCAGCUCUACCAGAGCAAUCCUUCGGGCAACUACGGUGGAUGGAAGGCGACGGCUGUUGGUGCGAACAGAGCCAGCGCGGAGAGCUUGUUGAAGCAGGACUACAAGGAGGACUGCACUCUCAAGGAGGCUUGCGGCAUGGCGGUCAAGGUUCUGAGCAAGACCAUGGACUCAACGAAGCUGAGCGCAGAGAAGCUCGAGUUCGCCACAGUUGGCCAAACGAGCGACGGCAAGAUCUACCACAGACUCUGGACUGCAGAGGAGAUUAAGGAGCUUCUCAAGGAACACGACUUGGCGAAGGACGAGUCCACGGAAGACAAAUAACGGCAUGGGUGGAACUUAAAACAUAGAUAGGGCGUGAUGAUUGCCCCCAACCUUGAUGUACCAAUAGAAUUGAUGCCCCAAACACUCUGCUGCCAAGAUGCAUAUGCGAAGCCCUGGUAUUCUGGACACUAAUGUGACAACUAAUGAGAAAUACG